UAUGGGUUCCACUUUGCGUAACGUGUCUCGGUGUCCUGGAGUUUCCUUCAGCGCGUAAUAGAGCUAGCAUCAAUCACCGACACUGAGAAAACAACGCCGACAAGCCAAAAUGGCGAGCAAAGACGCCGGGCUCGUAUCGCAGGCCGUGAAGUUCGUCUUUGACGUCGCCAAUGGUCGCAAUCCUCUCUCUAAACUCAUUGCGCCAUGCUUGUUCCUUUUCGAUGCGGUGCUUUGCGCACUUAUCAUAUGGAAGAUUCCCUACACCGAGAUCGAUUGGAAGGCGUACAUGGAACAGGUAGCACAAUACGUAUCGGGCGAACAUGAUUAUACCCUCAUCAAGGGAGGUACCGGACCUCUAGUUUACCCGGCAGCCCACGUCUACACGUACACCGCACUAUACUAUUUGACAGAUGAGGGCAAGAAUAUACUUCUAGCGCAACAGACCUUUGCAGGAUUAUAUAUGGCAACUCUAGCGCUAGUAAUGGCUUGUUACUCGAAGGCAAAGGUCCCGCCAUAUGUCUUUCCUCUAUUGAUUCUCUCGAAGCGACUCCACAGCGUAUUCGUGUUACGCUGUUUCAACGAUUGUUUCGCUGCGUUCUUCUUAUGGCUCGCUAUAUUCCUAUUCCAAAGACGACAAUGGACUGCUGCUAGUCUUGCAUAUUCGUGGGGUUUAGGGAUUAAGAUGUCAUUAUUGCUAGUACUUCCUGCGGUCGGAAUUGUCCUACUCCUAGGCCGAGGAUUUGCAGGUGCUUUGAGAUGUGCCAUGAUUAUGCUUAAUCUUCAGAUUGCCAUCGCUACUCCGUUCCUACAAACAAACGCAAAAGGCUAUGCUAGCAAAGCUUUUGAACUAACUCGACAAUUCUUUUUCAAGUGGACUGUCAACUGGCGUUUUGUCGGAGAGGAGACAUUCCUCAGUCGGCCAUUCUCUUUAACCCUUCUCGCCAUGCAUGCUUUGGUUCUGACUGGGUUUGUUGCCAAUAAGUGGUUGAAGCCAACUAGGAAACCUCUCUCGGCGAUAAUCACGCCAAUUCUACAAUUCACUUCACCCUUCAGUCCCCAAGAGGAAUCUAUAGUCGCAUCGCGUGUGACCCCGGACUAUGUGAUGACUUCAAUUCUCUCGGCGAAUGCCAUUGGACUCCUCUUUGCACGCACGCUACACUACCAAUUCUACUCCUAUCUCGCAUGGUCCACCCCAUACCUCCUCUGGCGAAGUGGAGCUCAUCCCGUUAUUCAAUAUGGGCUCUGGGCCCUUCAGGAGUGGGCUUGGAAUGUCUUCCCGAGCACCCCUAUCAGCUCAGGUGUUGUUGUAGGUGUACUCGCUAUCACUAUAGCCUUGGCAGCCAUUCAGAAGGAUGAAAAUACUGCACCGACAUCUCACUCCGCACGCGAACACAAAGACGCUUGAAUUCAAUAGGGUGCGUUAAUGUGCUCUCAAUCUUCGUCCUCCGAAUCUGACGGCGGCAUCCUGCCUACUGUUGAUUCCUCAUCAUCCUCGUCCUCGUGAUUGGAUCGAGGGAAUUCUUUUGGCCAAUAACUCUGUUUUCGCCAUUCCUUCUCGUCCCGGACAACAUUCACAAUCUCACCCUCGACUUUACCCUUUUGGUCUUCGGGAGGUGUCAGCUCCACUAGGACAUAUCCUCCGCGUUUGAUCCAAAUGGUGUUGCGGAAACGGGCAGCGAGCUCGACGAGCACGGUGCGUUUGCUGGGUAGAAAACACGCGUAGAGGCUAUUGCCCUCAGCCUUGAUCACUCUAGCAAGCGAUUGAGCUUGUGUGAGUUGGUCGGGAGGUGUUGUGGAUUCCUCGGCAGCUGCCCGGAUAUCACGCUUUGGCCGACCCAUGGAUGUUUUAUUUGCUGAGAAUUGUGCCGUGGCUGGAUUUUUAUGCCGAUGAAUUAUGAAUUUAG